UCAUCUCCAGACUGAGCCAAAGGACUUGCUAGGUCAGAGGGAUCCCUGAAGCAGACAAGCAUGCCGGCUAAACCAGCCCCCAUAAAGAAAUCGGCCAAAGCCGCCAAGAAGAAGGAACCCGCACCUGCGCCCGCACCAGCACCCGAGCCCGCACCCGAGCCCGCCCCUGCCCCUGCUGAACCUGUGCCCGUCGAGCCUGCCCCCGCUGAAGCUGCCCCAGCGGAGGCUGCCCCAGCUGAAGCUGCUCCUGCCGAGGGAGAAGCCCCACCAGCUGAAGCCCCACCAGCUGAAGCCCCACCAGCGGCGGAGGCACCUCCCGCAGCAGUGCCAACUAGCGAGCCAUUGGAGCUUAGUGUUGAAGAUGUAAACGAUACUUCAGUCACCAUUACAUGGAGACCACCCGCCACCAUUGGAGGCUCUGGUUUGGAUGGGUACACUGUGGAAAUCUGCAAGGAAGGAACUGAUGACUGGAAAGCGGCUAACGAAGAUCUCACCAUGUCUUGCCGUUACAUCAUCAAGAACCAGACUACCGGUGACCGGCUGAACAUUAGGGUGGUGGCCAUAAACCCUGGUGGCCGCAGCCCUCCUGCCACAAUGCCUGACCCUAUCCAGGUCAGAGAGGUCAUGGAUCGCCCCAAAAUCCGUCUGCCACGUUUCCUGAGGCAGCGCUACGUGAAAAAUGUUGGCGAGAAGAUCAACAUUGUUAUUCCCUUCAGUGGCAAACCACAACCUGUUGUCUCAUGGACAAAGGACGGCCAGGCUAUUGACACUAAAAAGAUAAAUAUUCGCAACAGUGAAAAGGACAGCAUCUUCUUCAUCCGUGCUGCCGAGAGAGCCGACUCCGGUGUGUACGAGAUGUGUGUUAAAGUCGACAGCUUUGAGGACAAAGCCCAGAUUACUCUGCAGAUUGUUGAGUUGCCUGGACCUCCAGCCAGUGCCAAGAUCGUGGACACCUGGGGUUUCAACGUUGCUCUGGAGUGGACAGAGCCCAAAGAUAAUGGAAACACAGCAAUCACCGGAUACACCAUCCAGAAGGCCGACAAAAAGACAGGGGACUGGUUCACAGUAAUGGAGCACUAUCACCGAUUGAAUGCCACCAUUUCAGACCUAAUCAUGGGCAACACCUACGUCUUCAGGGUCUUCACUGAGAACAAGUGUGGAAUUAGUGAAAAUGCUACUGCCACAAAGACCUCAGCCACAAUCCUGAAGACAGGAAUUGACUACAAGCCUCUAGAGUAUAAGGAACACGACUUCAGCGAGGCACCCAAAUUCACCACCCCCCUGGCAGACCGCAGCGCUACUGUCGGCUAUAACGCCAAGCUGCUUUGUGCCGUUAGGGGAUUCCCUAAGCCAAAGGUCCAGUGGAUGAAGAAUCAGAUGAUCAUUGGCGAUGACCCUAAAUACAGGCAGAUCAACAACCAGGGCAUCUGCUCCCUAGAGAUUCGUAAACCCGGCAACUUUGACGGUGGCGUUUACACCUGCAGGGCCAAGAACGAGCACGGAGAGGCCUUGGUUAGCUGCAAACUGGAGGUGAAACAGCCUGUGAUUGCUGAUGCCGAUAAGAAAUAAGUUCAACUGCCACAUUCAUACAGAUUAGGAACAGCAGAAUAUGGAAUCCCUCACUAAAGGAAUGUGAAGAUGUAAUUUGCUGAUGGGAAACAAAUAAUGUACUGUACAUAUAAAAUAUAAAAAACAGACAAUAGACAUUUUUGACCUUUAUCAUAUUUAAUACAUACACUUGUCUCUGACUGUGUCUGAUGUUAUAACUCAGAUCACAUCCCAACCAAACCAACAGGUCCAUUCAGUGUGUGUUAAAUUAAACUUGAGUCUUUCACCCA